CCUUGCGGUGUCUCUGCCGACGAAGACGAGCAAGAGAACCCCACGUGACCUAUUGACGAUGCCACAACCAUCGCCAACAGCCAACGAAACCGCCAUUUGCUCCCUUCCCGCCGCUCUAGCUAUACGCAGCACGGUACAUGUUUAACGCAAUGUCUCAAUCAAUGAUCAAUCUGUAAUAUAUGUCGUAUACUCUGAGAGCGAAGCUCACCGAUACCUGCAAAAAAUGUGGAGACGCGCGACUUCAUUUUCUCCUUUGAUCUCUUCAUUCAAAUCUUCCUUUUUCUCUCAGGAAGCUUCUCAGAUCAAGAUAUUGGAAAUGUUUACUACAGGGAUACCUUUGCAGGAAAAAGGUGGUACUUGCCCCAAUCGUAGAGCCCCCUUUAUAACAUUUGUUUUAGGGGGGCCUGGUAGCGGAAAAGGCACUCAAUGUGCAAAAAUUGUUGAUACCUUUGGAUUAAAGCACCUAAGUGCUGGGGAUCUCCUACGAAAGGAGAUAGCUUCUGACAGUGAAUAUGGUUCAAUGAUUCUUAACACAAUUAGAGAAGGAAAAAUUGUUCCCUCAAAGGUGACUGUCGAAUUGCUUCGCAGAGAGAUGGAAUCAAGUGACAAUUAUAAAUUUCUUAUUGAUGGUUUUCCAAGAAGUGAGGAGAACCGCAGAGCUUUUGAAGAAAUUAUGGAAGCUGAACCAGACAUAGUAUUGUUCUUUAAUUGCCCUGAAGAGGAGAUGGUGAAAAGGGUGUUAAGUCGUAAUCAGGGUCGAAUUGAUGACAACAUAGAUACAGUUAGAAAACGUCUUAAAGUAUUUGAGGAAUUAAAUCUUCCAGUCAUAAAGCACUAUGCAAAAAGAGGGAAACUUCACAAGAUCAAUGCAGUAGGAACGGUAGAUGAGAUAUUUGAGCAAGUUCGGCUAGUUUUUGCUCCAUAUGAGCGGAGGCUAAAGGAAAACUGACUGAGUUGAGAGCACUUAAAAAAUAAAAAAUAACGAAGGCAGGGAAAAGUUCUUGUUGAGAACUCAGUGUGCUUCUUGGAUGUUGUUGAUCUGCUGAAUGCCAUUCCCAGCCAAAAUAUCUCUCUGGGAAUUUGGUAGGUUACCACAACUUAUGCCAAUGAGUCUGUACACCAAAAACAUUACAAUGGCAUAUGCAUUAUUGAAUGCAAAGAAUGAUGGUUCUUUUCCCGUGUACUGUUCAUAGAGCUCGUCAGCUUUGAUACCACAUGUCACUUGGGAAAUUACAUGCAGGUGUGACUGAACUAUCUGUAACAAGUAAGAAACUAAGCAAAUAAAAUGGCAGAGUUGAGUUUUUUCCCCUGUAGCAUGAAACUAUAGUAAUUGUCAGAAGUUUUGUAAUUUUGUUUCUCAGAACUAUCUUAAGAUAUUGGACCGCAUUUUGGCACUC